AACAAAAACAAAACCAUAAAAGAUAGUUUAGAAAAGAAAAACUCAAAAUCGUAUGUAGCGCACGGAUAACAUUCCGAGUCAUUCAUUAACCAGCAGCAGAACCAGACGAACGUUCACCCGCACACAUUCACCGUCACUCAUACACACAUUGCGGCAGUCUAAUCUAAACAAAAGUGUAUUGAAAUGAGAAUUCUAUGGAUAUUUUUACUUUUAACCGGAUGUAGCCUGUGGACGGGUACAUAUGGAAAAACUCCACCCCCAUCGGUGGAACGUAUUGCCCAUUUGCUGCCCGAGGAUUUGGGUGAUUUGCCACCGAAAGUUGUCAUUGCUCUUUUGGUAAGAAACAAGGCUCAUGUCCUGCCAUUGGCUUUAACCUAUUUGGAUCAAUUGGAUUAUCCCAAGGAUAGGAUUGCGCUGUGGAUUCGUUCCGAUCACAAUUCGGAUGCCAGCGUGGCAAUCCUAAGCGAAUGGUUAAAACAUGUGGAACCCCUUUAUCACAGCGUUGACAAACUCUUCAACGAUACCGAUCAACGUCAUGAAGAUGAAAAAUCCCUCUUGGAUUGGCCACAAGCACGUUUCCAUCAUCUUAUCAGCCUGAAAGAAGAAGCAUUCGUAUACGCACAAAAAAUCUGGGCUGACUAUAUAUUUUACUUGGAUGCUGAUGUCUUGCUGACCGAACCACGUACCCUUAAACAUUUAACAAAUUUGGGUUUGCCAAUUGUGGCACCCAUGUUGCUGUCAGAGGGAUUAUAUUCGAAUUUCUGGUGUGGCAUGACCCCAGACUAUUAUUACUUGCGUACCGAUAUGUAUCGGGAAAUCUAUAAUGUUCAGCAGGAAGGUGUCUUCCAGGUACCCAUGAUUCAUAGUGCCGUUUUGAUAAAUGUCAACUAUAAUGGUUCAUCGUAUUUGACUUUUGAUCGGGAAAAUCUAAGAACACAAUUGCAAAAUGGCCUGGAAUAUGCUGCCAGUUUGGGUGAACAAUGUCGCAUGUAUGAUGGCCCCGUAGAUGAUAUUAUUGUGUUUGCCAUAUCGGCUAAUUGUUCAAAGAUUCCAUUAUUUAUCACCAAUGAAGUGCCGUUUGGUUAUAUUUUACAACCUCUGGAAAAUACCGAUCAACUUGAACAGGACUACAAACAAUUGCAGAAUAUCAAGACAAAUAUCAUACACGAUUUGGGUCAGGUGGCUGAGGUUAAGGAAUAUCUGAAACCCUUCGAAAGGAAAGAAGAAAAAGACAAGCUUAGCUUGGAUCACAUCUAUAUGAUUAACCUCGAGCGGCGGCCCGAAAGACGUGAAAAGAUGUUGAAACUUUUCGAAGCCCUAAACUUGGAUGUUGAGUACUUCCCGGCUGUUGAUGGAAAACGUCUUACCCCUGAAAUGAUCAAGGAGCUCGGUAUUAAAUUCCUGCCAGGCUAUGAGGAUCCCUAUCAUCAUCGUCCCAUGACUUUGGGUGAGAUUGGUUGUUUCCUGAGCCACUAUCACAUUUGGCAGACAAUUGUGGAGAAACAACAAAAGGAGGUAUUGAUAUUGGAAGAUGAUAUACGUUUCGAACCCUAUUUCAAGGAGAAGGCCUUGGGUGUCAUGGAACAAAUACGCAAAGUCAUUGAUUACGAUUUGGUGUACUUUGGCCGUAAACGCCUAAAGGAUGAGGUUGAACCCUGGGUUGAUAAUACUGAAAAUCUGGUGCAUGCUGGCUAUUCGUAUUGGACAUUGGGUUAUGUUAUCUCUCUAAAGGGAGCUGAAAAACUACUAAAGGCCAAACCCUUGGAAAAACUCUUGCCGGUAGAUGAAUUCCUACCCAUUAUGUUCAACAGACAUCCUAACAAAACAUGGGCUGAAGCAUUCCCCGAACGUGAUCUCUUGGCUUUUAGUGCUGCACCUUUGCUGUUGUAUCCCACCCAUUAUACCGGUGAUUAUGGCUAUAUUUCAGAUACUGAAGAUUCCUAUGUCAUUGAAUCACAUCAAACCAAUAAGUCCCCCUCUGCUGCCCAAUUGAAAAGUGAUCCAGAGAGGUCAUUUCUGGUAGAGCCACGUUUGGAUAGCACAAAUGUGGAUUUAUCUGAGCAAACAACAAUAACAGCUGAUGCUAAAUCUCGUGAUGAAUUUUAAUUGCCAUUUUUAAUUUACAAACAUUUUUUUUCGUAAGCAUUUCAAGCAACAAUCCAAACCAAAUAUUAUUCAUGCUUUUUUUUGUCAUAGUUUUUUAAGAAAAGAAACGCACAACGAGUUUAUUUUUUAAGUAAUACGGAUCAUCUUUGACGGAUCUUUAUGUGCCUUAGUAGUUUGUAAUGUGUAUUUGUAGCAAUGAAAUCAAAAAGUAAACGAAACUCAUGAUUUCAUAAAAUCAUACCCCCCAUACACCCACACAUUCUCUUUACAAAUACAUUUAAGAAAGUAAAAAAACAUCAAGUUCCCAUAAAUCUUAAGUUUAUUUCAUUAAUAAAAAAUGAAUCUCAAACAUUUUCUUAUGACCUAUAAGAAAAAAGAAAACACGCCCACACAUAUACUCACAAAAAAUAACUAUCAAAUUGUAAUAAAAAAUAAGACUAUAGACAAGAAAUAAAAAACUCAAAUCAUAUCAACUAUUC